CAUUUCUGCAGUUAUCGUAAAAAUUUGUAUAGAGCUUUGUGCAGUUUUACGAUUUGGUUGCCAUGUUCUCGUGACAAUCAGACAUCGUGUUAACUAGUAGGGCAGAGCUGAACAAGUCUUUGGUAACCUAGACGCCAAAGUUCUCUGUGAUCCCCGGAGCUACAGAUUCUAGCUGCCUGUUUUUUUUCUUUUGUUUCUUCUCUUGACAGGUGUUCAAUGUACUGCUUAGCUUCUUACAGAUUCCUCAAUCGGAGUUCAUGAUGAAACACGUGUUUGCGAGUCUCAGAUCUUACAUCAACAAGUUUCCAGCUGCAUUGUACAGGGGCAGUGCAAGUUACUGUGGAGAUCUUUGUCGUGAGAUUUUAAGCUGCUGCAACUCGAAGUUGGAAAGUCUUCGGAACCAGGCUUGCUCUUUCCUUUACUUGCUGAUGCGAAGUAAUUUUGAAUUCACCGGAACACAGGGUUGCGAUCGAGUUCACUGGCAGGUUAUCGUGGCGGUCUCCAAGCUGAUGACGCACGGUUUAAACCGUGCAGCUGUCAACAACUCUCUUUUGGCCUUAAAGAAUUAUGCUGUCGAGGACAAAGGAAUGAAGCACACGGCGUUUCCUUCUGAAGUGAAAGAUCUUACGAAGAAGAUUCACACUGUUUUGCAGGCGACGGCGCAAAUGAAGGUACGUCACCGAUUUGUCCUAAAAGGUAAAAAAGGUUAAGUCUGCAUACGAGCCAAAUGGCCCAUCAGGCCGGAGCUAUCUCGCUUUCUGUAGCAUUCAGCGACUAGGAAUAUUUCUACUCCCCCUGGGUAGGAGGCUAGUCGAUCGCGGGGUUAUCCCCCAGAAUUAAAUUCGCCGGUACCCAUUUACACACCUGGGUGGAGAGAGCCACUAUGAGAGUAAAUUGUCUUGCCCAAGAACGCAAAACAGUGUCCCCGCCGAGGGCUCCAACGCGGACCGCUCGACCCUGGGUCGAGGGCACUAACCUUGAGGUCACCGCGCGUACCAUCUCUGUCUGAAACUGAGCCCCAAAAACAGGCUGUGAUUUCCUUGAGAGUGCUUGGUUGCUAGGAAACUUGGCAUAUCUCGAUGAAUGAAAGAAAGUGACGUCAGGCGAACUUGACAGCUUUUGUAAUGCUUGUUCAAGUCUUUGAUUGUUCGAUAAGAUUCAGUUUUGUGAGAAUGCUGAGAAAUUCUGUCAAAUCUUCGUUCAGUUCUCAAUUCAUAUGAAUGUGGGAUUGUUUAGAAUUGAUUAGCCUUUACUACCCUAGUGUGUGGCUCGUUUUAAGCUUGGAAAUUAUUUCCUUAUCUUUUUAAGAGCAAUUUGUACACGCACACGAGAAAAUGAUUAGAUUUUAAAUAAGCAUUUUUUUUUUCUAUGAUCUGAGCUUGGACGCUAACAAAAUGUGAAAAAUAAAACCAACCUGAAUGGGUCAAUUGCGCUUCCAUCGAUCAAGGUUUGAAUAGGGCGUAAAAUUGGUAUUGAACUAAGAAUUUUGAUUUGCUGAUGUUUUAUGUUAGUCGGUACAGUUUUGAUCCCUACAUUAACGGUUGGAAAUGUGCUUUUAGCAUUCCAAAAACAGUGUAGUUUGGGUGACACACGUAGAGGAGUUUAUAAACAUAAUUGCGAUGUUUUUACACACGUAAUGGGCUCUUACAAGGAUAUUACUUAAUAACUUAAUAUGUAUUUCCAUUUAAAGCUUGCGAACAUGUCACAUGUGGCCGUUUUAUGAUAGCCCCGGGAAUUCUCCUAAAAUUUGCUGUCCUUUUUUUUUACUGAUCACGCCUCUCUGUCGACAUCGGCAUCACGUUUGGCGGCACUUGGGGCUACAAACUGUAGUCACGUUUUAUUGUCUACUUCUCGUGCACAAUCAGUUCAUGAUUUUUAAUUUUUAAAAACGAUUUUAAUGUUUUUUAUUUUGUUAUCAUUUUUUUUUCUU